GGAAUUCACACUCGCGAGAUCGCCAUGGCAGUACAAGGCCCCGGAAGUAGCCAGUCCUGCCAAAUACGGUGGCAGCGGCCGCCACACAGACGUUUGGAGUUUGGCGUGCGUCAUGGUUUUCAUGCUACAAGGAAAAGCACCAGUCUUCCGGCACACAUCCGGAAAGCGUACCGUGGAGGCGGAAUCCGAUGCGGAUGUGCAGAGGGCGCUGGCGGUUGGGGUUGGGCCAUACAUCGCCGAGAACUUUCAGCGGAGUUACGAGGACGAAGAAGAUUUUUUGAAGCUGACAAGAGAACUACUACAACGCAUUUUCGUCGCCCAUAAAGACCGGCGAUUGACCCUUGAUACCGUGAACAGCUUGUAUUUGCACUUUAUUGAUUACAUUCCAGAAAUUCAGAUGAAUGGAAGCGGACCUACAAGUUCUCCAAUUUCCGAAAUUAAUGACUUACCGGAUUUAGGACCGGAUGGCGCAAAACUAGUGCCAGAUAUUGUUAAAUUGGGAGAACAUGGCGUGGAAAGAGUACUUGGGAGUUCAUGCUGCUAUAAGUACACAUCACGAGUUGACAAACUGGGACAAGGAACUUAUGGCAGUGUUUUCAAGGCCGUGAUUACCAAUCCUGCUGAUGUCGCAGGCCUAACGACUGUAGCUGUCAAGGAGAUUUUUGUUCAGCAAAUCGAGGAUUGUGGGCUUUCAAAGAGCACUUUAAAUGCGGAAAGGUGGAAGCACCUGUUACUACUGAAACAUGAGAAUAUUGUCCGGUACCAUAAGAUUAGCAUCUUUAAAACCCGCAACGGCACAGCGAUUGAGCUGGUAAUGGACUACAUUCCAGGCGGAGAUUUGGCCAAAUAUGUAGCUAGUCGCAGACUCGCAGGAAAUCUGGCCAGGAACUUUCAUUGAAAGCCGUCGUCCACUUUGCACGUCAAAUCUCUAGAGGAUUGUCAUAUCUGCACUCCAUAAACGUCAUACAUGGGGACCUGAAG